CAGCGGAUGUAUUCAUAAUAACAUGCACAGUAGGAUUUAGCAGAAAAAUCAAGAAUCGAGUCAACGAGUUUAGACUAAGUAGUCCUGUUCUUUUGUGUCCUUAAACAUCAACAAGCCAUGAUCUCAGGACUGAAGAGCAGGUCUCUUCUUUUCUCUAUAAAGUCAACCGGGUUGGCGAGAAGUGCCUUACGAUCGUCCGGUUGUAGGGCUUUUCAUUUUAAAAUUGAAGGAAGACGAUCACAAGAUGGUACGGCGAAGGGACAGUUAUCACGGGAAUAUCCUGUGGUAGACCACAGUUAUGAUGCUGUAGUUGUUGGUGCUGGAGGUGCUGGUUUACGUGCGGCCUUUGGUCUUGCACAUGAAGGAUUUAAAACUGCUUGUAUCACCAAGCUUUUCCCUACAAGAUCACAUACUGUUGCAGCACAGGGAGGAAUCAAUGCUGCUCUUGGAAACAUGGAACCUGAUGAUUGGCGUUGGCAUAUGUAUGACACAGUGAAAGGGAGUGACUGGCUUGGGGAUCAGGAUGCAAUUCAUUACAUGACAGAGGAAGCCCCAAAGUCAGUGAUUGAGCUUGAAAAUUAUGGAAUGCCCUUCAGUCGAACAGAAAAGGGCCAGAUUUAUCAGCGCGCAUUUGGUGGUCAGAGCUAUAAUUUUGGUAAGGGAGGUCAGGCACACAGAUGUUGUGCUGUUGCUGACAGAACAGGUCACUCCCUGCUUCACACUUUGUAUGGCCAGUCCUUGAGAUAUGAAACGGAGUACUUUGUGGAGUAUUUUGCACUGGAUCUCCUCAUGGACCAAGGAAAGUGUGUCGGAGUUAUUGCCUUGUGCCUCGAGGAUGGGUCACUUCACAGAUUUAAGGCAAAGAACACAGUGAUAGCAACUGGUGGGUAUGGCCGUGCCUAUUUCUCCUGUACGUCAGCACACACCUGUACUGGAGAUGGAACAGCCAUGGUGGCAAGAGCAGGACUUCCUAACCAAGACAUGGAGUUUGUCCAGUUUCAUCCAACAGGAAUUUAUGGUGCUGGUUGUCUGAUUACUGAGGGAAGCAGAGGAGAAGGAGGUUAUCUUAUCAACAGUGAGGGAGAAAGAUUUAUGGAGAGAUAUGCUCCUACAGCUAAAGACUUGGCAUCAAGAGAUGUUGUGUCCAGAUCAAUGACGAUUGAGAUCAGAGAAGGAAGAGGGGUGGGACCGGACAAAGAUCAUGUGUACCUUCAACUGUCCCAUCUUCCAGCUGAGACACUCAAGACACGGUUGCCUGGAAUAUCAGAGACAGCCAUGAUCUUUGCUGGAGUCGAUGUGACCAGGGACCCCAUCCCUGUUAUUCCCACAGUGCACUACAACAUGGGAGGUAUCCCCACAAACUACAUGGGUCAGGUUUUGACAAAGAAGGAGGGCAAAGAUGAAGUCGUGCCAGGCCUCUGGGCGGCUGGAGAGUCUGCAUGUGCCUCGGUCCACGGUGCAAACAGACUGGGUGCUAACUCCUUGUUGGAUCUGGUUGUGUUUGGACGAGCAUGUGCAAAUUUCAUUUCUAAGUUUAACAAGCCAGAUGAGACACUUCCCGAGCUCCCUUUGAAUGCUGGAGAGGAGUCUGUAGCUAACUUGGACAAAAUUCGAUAUGCUAAUGGCAGUACACCUACUGCAGACUUGAGAAUGGACAUGCAAAAGACUAUGCAGGAACAUGCAGCUGUAUUUAGGACUGGUACAGUCUUGGCUGAUGGCUGCCGAAAGAUUGAUGAUAUCUACAACCAGACAGAAGACCUCAAGUUGUUUGAUCGUGGCAUGGUGUGGAACACAGAUUUGGUUGAAACACUCGAACUACAGAAUCUUCUCAUCAACUGCAAGCAGACUCUUUAUGGAGCAGAGGCUCGUAAGGAAAGUCGUGGUGCGCACGCUCGAGAGGAUUUCAAGGAACGUAUCGAUGAGUAUGACUACUCCAAGCCACUGGAAGGUCAAACAAAGCGUCCGUUUGAUAGUCACUGGAGAAAACACACCUUGGCCUGGACUGAACAUAAUACAGGAGAGACAACCCUGGAUUAUCGAGGAGUUAUCGACGAAACUCUGGAUCAGAAAGACUGUGCCUCUGUCCCCCCAGCAGUUCGCUCUUACUAGAAGGCCAAAUACUGAUAGGAAUGAAUGAAAAUCUUUGCAGGGCUAACAGGGGGGAAGCACUGAUUUAACAGAACUAAUUUAAGUAUAUACUGUUCUCAAUUGAGAAUUUUUGCGUGUAAAAAGUUUAAAAAAGGAACAGGAUUUUAAAGCUAGUUUCAAAAAAACUUAAUUGGAAUUAUAUGUAUUUGUUGAUGAUUUUGUCUUAAGUAGCACAAGUGUUGUGUUUGUUACUGUUUCUUUUUUGCUUCAGAAAUUCGCCCUACUAUUUUUGAUCUGUUCGUUUAUUUGUUUUUCUGGCUUCAGUGAGAGAUUUUUUGUUGUUUGAUACUCUGGUAAGAAUUUUCCGCCUAUUUAGUUUUGAGGAAAAGUUCUCCACUCAGGGUUGAUCCAAAAUUGUUAAAAUUGCAGUAUUUCUUAUUUAAAUGUUCAUCGAAAGAUAAGGAAAUUAACAAUAGCACUCAAAGAUUCGAGUGGUUUUUUUAUAUUGUUAAGGCUAUUCAAUUAUGUAAAAACGGAACAUGCCAUGAAGAUAUUUCUCUCUU